AUGGUACUUAUAUAUUCUAGACUUUAGCCAUCAGCUUAAACCAUGAAAUUGAGAAGUUAAAAUUAUCAAGGAAACGUUAACAAAUAAGGAAAAGUUCCUAAAUCAUUGAUUAAAAAAGAAGAAAAUCUUCCUGUCGGCCCAAUUCUUUUAGGUGUGUUCUUGUUUGUGGUUGUCGGCUCUGCUUUAUUCUAAAUACUUAAUGUUGCUUCAAGUGGAUAAGAAAUUUGAUAUAUAUAAGUUGCUUAAUCAAUUUUUAAUAUAC